GAGGUUCACCGGUUACCCAUAUAAACGGCCUUGGCGUUUCUUUUAUCACACCUCUCAAACUCAAUCUACCCUUCACAAUCAGUUCUUUCCAUAUCUCGGUUUUUCUCAAAGAAACAUAAUAAAUGCAAUGGCAAUAGAUUGCAUAAUCAAGAAUCCAUCACCCAUGUCUUCCCUCAAAGAGGACCAACAAAGGUCACUUGUGUUUGAUGCAUCGGUCCUACAACACGAAGGCAACAUACCCCAACAGUUCAUAUGGCCGGAUCAUGAGAAACCCAACACCCAAAAAUCAAAAGAACUUGAGGUUCCUUUGAUAGACUUAGGAGGCUUCCUUUCUGGACACUCGUGUUCUACCAAGAAAGCCUCCAAUCUCGUUGGGGAGGCGUGUCAAAAACAUGGUUUCUUCCUAGUGGUUAAUCAUGGAGUUGAUGAAAACCUAAUUUCGGAUGCUCACCAGUAUAUGGACUUAUUUUUUGAGCUUCCACUUUCGGAAAAGCAAAGAGCACAAAGAAAAGCCGGUGAGAGCUGUGGAUAUGCCAGCAGCUUCACUGGGCGGUUUUCAUCUAAACUGCCUUGGAAAGAGACACUCUCUUUCCAAUACUCAGCGGAUGAGAACUCUUCCGAUAUAGUUAAGGACUAUUUUAAGGAUAAAAUGGGUGAAGAAUUUAUACGGCUCGGGAACGUUUAUCAAGAUUAUUGCAAUGCCAUGAAUAGACUUUCGCUUGGGAUCAUGGAGUUACUAGGGAUGAGCCUCGGUGUGAGCCGAGCUCACUUCAAGGAAUUUUUCCAAGAAAAUAAUUCAAUAAUGAGAUUAAACUACUAUCCACCAUGUCAAAAGCCAGACCUUACCUUAGGGACAGGGCCUCAUUGUGAUCCAACAUCUUUGACAAUCCUACACCAAGAUAACGUUGGUGGACUAGAAGUGUUUGUGGACAAUGAGUGGCGUUCCAUUGCACCAAAUUCACAAGCUUUUGUUGUCAACAUCGGUGACACGUUCAUGGCACUCUCAAAUGGAAGAUACAAAAGUUGCUUACAUAGAGCUGUGGUAAAUAGCAAAACUCCUAGAAAGUCACUUGCAUUCUUUCUAUGUCCAAAGAAAGAUAAGGUGGUGAGCCCACCAGAAAAAUUAGUGGACCAAAAAAACCCUAGGAUAUAUCCAGAUUUUACAUGGUCUACCUUUCUUGAGUUCACUCAGAAGCAUUAUAGAGCUGACAUGAAUACCCUCAAAGCUUUCUCAAACUGGGUUCAACAGGAGACCAGCAGAACUUGAUGUGCCAUCUUCGGUAAUCUUUCUUUUAUUAAAAUGCUAUUCAAGCAAGAAAACAAUGGAAACUGUAACAAGAUUGUCCAAGAGGAUGCAUGAAGAUCUGUGCAUGCUAUAAAAUCUUUCCUUUUGUUUUUGUUUCUUUGGGUCAACAAUUGGAGGAGGAAAAUGUGCAAGAUUUAAAUCUUCAUGGGGCUAAACUAGGAAUAAAGAGAAGCAUAUAAAUGAGCCAAUUUUGUUAUUUUCUUUUGGACUAUAUGUAGAAAAGCUUAUGCACUUAUCACUACUAUCAUUACCCUA